UCAUCGGACCCUGGACCGAACCAUCACUGAACCUCAGUCCAUUCAUUCUUGAGCGGUAAUUAUCAACCAGUCGCACUUUUUUGCUCGGGCUCGGUGGAUCGGAGUCAUGAACCUCCUUGGACAGCGAUGGGUACGGAUCUCACACAUCACCAGUGGUUUAGCUCGCGGUCUUCAAACACAAGCGCUUAAAAAGUCUUCACUGGCAUUUUGCUUUGAUGUAGACGGGGUCUUACUACACGGUCAUGAGGCUAUUCCCUGCGCCAAGAAAGCCCUUCGGAUGGUAGAAGGCGAGAAUAGCCGUGGACUAAAGAUACCGUACAUCCUUCUGACAAACGGUGGAGGGAAACCAGAAGCAGAGCGUGCACGCUCCCUGUCAGAAGUUCUCGGUGUCAAUAUUUCAGAACAUCAAUUAAUCCAAGCCCACACAAUUCUUCGGCCCAUCGCGAAAAAGUACGGUCAUGAGCCAGUGCUGAUACUCGGUGGGGAACUGGAUACAUGUCGCAAGAUUGCAGAAGGAUACGGGUACACGCAACCGUCCCUACCAAUUGAUUAUCUUGCGACAGAUUCAAGGAUAUGGCCUUUCUACAAGCUCAACGAUGCGGAGAAUGAGAUAGCCAAACCACACCCACCACAUCCAAAAUUUGUUCUCACAGUGCAUGAUCCACGCAACUGGGCACUAGAGAUCCAGCUGCUUGUCGAUCUCCUCACCCAUCCUACGCAUCCCCCACCCAAGAUCGUGUUCUGCAAUCCCGAUCUGCUGUGGCGCUCUGAUUACCCGCGUAGCCGCUUUGGACAAGGGGCAUUCAGGACUGCGCUGACGGCGGCUUAUCGCGCUAGCACAGGGAAGAAGCUCGAGUACGAGCAGUUUGGAAAGCCAACCAGAGCGACGUAUGAGUUCGCAGAGGGGUUUUUGAUGGAUCAGGCAGGCAUUGAGGUGGGGGAAGAGAUGCCCCGGGUGUACAUGGUAGGAGAUAACCCCGAAUCCGACAUCGCCGGCGCCAAUGCUCACGGCUGGGAGUCUAUCCUUGUCAACACAGGCGUGUAUAACAGCGCAGACGAUGGUCCGCCUGUACAUUGGCCCACACGCAUGCUGGAUAACGUGGAGCAGGCGGUGGAGUGGGCUAUCGAUAGGGAGUUCGCUCCUUUAGGGGAGAAGUUAAGGGAGAGAAAAAAGUGGGACGGCGUGAAGAGUGGAGCACUGGAUCAUUUGUAGAGCAU